AUGAGUGUCAUGGGAAUUAAUCUAACCACCUUGAGGCCAGAGCCUUGUGUGGAGGGGUACUCAACACCUGGUGGAUACUCCUCAAAGGCUGUCCAUCCUAUUGCGCUUGCAAAAGUGAUGAACAUUGCACAAAUGAUGAAAAAUGAAUUUGGCGAAAAAGACUAUUCCCUUUCUGCCAUUGGAGGUGUUGAGUCGGGUGCUGAUGCGGCUGAGUUCAUACUCUUGGGAGCAAAUACAGUCCAGGUAUGCACUGGUGUUAUGUUGCAUGGAUACGGCCUCGUGAAGAAGCUUUGCUCAGAGCUACAGGAUUUCAUGAAGAAGCACAAUUUUUCAUCCAUAGAAGAUUUCAGGGGGACAUGUGUCAAUACACUAUUGGUGAAUAAGUGUGGAUGGCUCUAUAAGCCGAGCCAUCCGAUGACUCCAUAG